UCUUCUGAGCAACUUAAUUCGGAGCAAAAAUUUCAACGUUUUCGCUGAGCAAUUGUAAACAAAUUUAAAAAUAUUUUCAUCCAAUUUAGUUUAUGGACGCUUUCUAUGAAUAUUUAAGCACACAAUCGUGUAUUGAGUUGGAAAGGAAUGCUUUGCUCAAUGUAUUUUUGCAUCGCUGGGUUUCUAUAUAAACAAUUUCAAUAUAAAUUAUAAAAGCUGUUGCACGUUCUUGUGGCGCCAUUUAUUUGCAUAAUUAAAGAGGUUCGCCUAGAUGGUGGGCGAGAUUAGGAGUCGCUCGGAUGAUGGCAGCCUCUGAUUAGCAGUUUAUUUAUCACGAAUGAAAAUCAAUUAUCUGGCUGCAAUGAUGCAGGACAUCGGUAACGUGGGCCAGACCCAUUUGGAGCCCCGCAAACCCUUCAACGACACAGUUUUAAAGGGCUACAAAUUGACCAGCAACGAUAUAGAUAACUUUUUGAAGUACUGGCAUGAGUUCCAGAUGAAGAACGCAUCCUCACAGGUGGACGAAUGCCAGGGAUACUGUCAGGGGGAAAUCUACAACUGGCUGCGAGCCUACAACAGCAUUCAUGGAUACGUUUCCCUGAUGAUUUGCAUAUUCGGGACAAUAGCAAACAUCUUGAACAUAAUGGUCCUCACGAGAAAGGAAAUGGCCAAGACGCCCAUAAAUAAUAUCCUCAAGUGGUUGGCGGUGGCCGAUAUGUUCGUGAUGCUGGAAUAUAUACCCUACACAUCGUAUCAGUAUAUUUAUAUGGGUCCAGGUGAAAAAGAUCUGAGCUACACCUGGGCGGUUUGUCUGCUGGUCCACAUGCACUUCACGCAGAUCCUGCAUACGAUUUCCAUUGGAUUGACUGUUACACUGGCGGUGUGGCGAUAUGUGGCCAUCAGACAUCCGAACGGGGGCUGUGCCAACUUCCUGCUCGCACAUUCCCGGGAGGCGAUCCUCCUGCCCUUCAUCCUGUCCCCGAUCCUCUGCCUGCCCACGUACUUCGUGUUCAAGGUGCGCGAGACCUACGACGUGGACAAGGCCAAUGAGGAGGCCAUGUACCACGUCUACUUCGACAAGGACUCGGUGCUCUACAGGUUCAAUUUCUGGAUACAUUCCGUGCUAAUCAAACUUCUGCCAUGCGGCAUUUUGAUCGUGAUCAGUGCAGUACUCAUGCAUGUUUUGUGCGAGGCCUCGAGACGUCGUCUAAAACUAAGGGAUUACAAUAAUCCUGCCAAGUAUGCCAUCCAGCUCAACCUGAACGAAGCCAAGUCCAAGAAGCCUCCUCGCUGCGAUCGUCGCAAUGAUCGGACUACCCUUUUGUUGGUGGCAGUACUGGUUCUGUUCCUGAUCACCGAAUUCCCGCAGGGAUUACUGGGUCUGCUGUCCGGAGUGAUGGAGAAGUGCUUCUUCGCCCACUGCUAUCCGCCCUUUGGCGAACUGAUGGACCUCCUGGCCCUGAUCAAUGCCGCCGUAGGAUUCGUGCUCUACGGACUGAUGUCGAAGCAGUUCCGGUCCACCUUCAGAUCGCUCUUCAUGAAGCGGCACUUUGGCAGCACCGAGAUGACCAGGCUAACACGAGUUACCACGACUUGUGUUUAAGUUUGGUCUGGGAAGAGAGUCUCCGAGAUGUGAUUAUGAGUAGGAUCAAAAGGAAGGAUCAUUUUGAGGAAACAGAUUUACGGGGAUUAGGUGAAGGACAUCCAAGAUGUCCCGGGCUGGCUCCAUUUGAAUUUCUAAAUUAUAAACUUUAUAAAAGUUUCGUUUACUCGAGUAACGAAAAAAGAAACUGUGAGUGCGGGAUUAAUCUACACACUGAUCGAUGCACUAUUAAUUUACUUUCGUUGUCCAAGAAGAUUUGUCUUUAGAUUGAUUGGUGCAUUGAUCGGUUCAAAAAUUGAUUCUGCUUGUGAUUUGGCUGUUUUGAAAGUGCCAUUUCAUUUCCAACUUAAUUACGUUAGCCAGUUGGUGUUUCAAUUUCAUAUUAGUGUGUAAGUUUUUGCUAGGCUAAGGCAGUACAAGCUGUACAAAUACGAGACAUUUACUUUUCACUAAGGCCAAACCAUUAAUAUAGCUAAGCUAAGAGGAAAGAAAAACUCUACGAGCCCCUAGUUGUUUUUUCCUCUUGGCUGGUAUUAUUAAAUGCUAUUUUGGUAAUACUUCGAUUACUGGAUUCUGGAGUUAAACGUCAAUGCAUUUUACAUUGGCUCUUUUGUAAACCUAAUCAU